UUUGUUGUUGACAACUGUCAGCUUCGACCUCCUUCUCCCCACAACCCUCGUCUAAAUGGGGUUUGUAAUCCUCCUUCCCGCCCACUCUCCUCACUCCUGGGGGCAAGAAUGUUGACUCCUGCUCUCUGUCACCUGUCAGGAUCCAUCCUCCUGUCACUGGCUUAUAUGGACAAGUCAGCCUGCUGUCACGUGACCACAGGUUACUAAAAACAGCUCCGGCACCCACUCUGAACCCGGGAAUGAAACAAUGUCCUCCACUGAGAGAAACUUAAAGGACACUUGAUCACACAAUCCUUGGAAUUAUUUCCAGGAAACACUUAGAGAAGCCAUUUGGAGCACCUUUUCCCCGGCAGCGUACUCGGGCACGGAGGGGAGAUGAGCGCAUCUCUGAAUUACAAGUCUUUUUCCAAAGAGCAGCAGACAAUGGAUAACUUGGAGAAGCAACUCAUCUGUCCCAUAUGCUUAGAGAUGUUCACGAAACCCGUGGUCAUUCUCCCUUGCCAGCAUAACUUGUGUAGGAAAUGUGCCAGUGACAUUUUCCAGGCCUCUAAUCCGUAUUUGCCCACAAGAGGAGGCACCACGGUGGCUUCGGGGGGCCGAUUCCGCUGCCCAUCCUGUAGGCACGAAGUGGUUUUGGACAGACAUGGGGUAUAUGGACUUCAGAGGAACUUGCUGGUGGAAAAUAUCAUUGACAUCUACAAGCAGGAGUCCACGAGGCCAGAAAAGAAGUCAGAUCAGCCUAUGUGUGAGGAGCACGAAGAGGAGCGCAUCAACAUCUACUGUCUGAACUGCGAAGUGCCCACCUGCUCCCUCUGCAAGGUGUUUGGUGCACACAAGGACUGCCAGGUGGCUCCCCUCACUCACGUGUUCCAGAGGCAGAAGUCUGAGCUCAGUGAUGGCAUCGCUGUCCUUGUGGGAAGCAAUGAUCGAGUCCAGGGUGUGAUUAGCCAGUUAGAAGACACCUGUAAAACUAUUGAGGAGUGUUGCAGAAAACAGAAACAGGAGCUUUGUGAGAAGUUUGAUUACCUAUAUGGCAUUCUGGAGAAGAGGAAGAAUGAAAUGACUCAAGUCAUUACCCGUACCCAGGAGGAAAAACUGGAACGUGUCCGUGCUCUGAUAAAAAAGUAUUCUGAUCAUUUGGAGAAUGUAUCAAAGUUGGUUGAAUCAGGAAUCCAGUUCAUGGAUGAGCCAGAAAUGGCAGUGUUUCUUCAGAAUGCCAAAACCCUGUUACAAAAAAUCUCUGAAGCUUCGAAGGCAUUUCAGAUGGAAAAAAUAGAACAUGGCUAUGAAAACAUGAACCACUUCACAGUCAACCUCAAUAGAGAAGAAAAAAUUAUACGUGAAAUUGAUUUUUACAGAGAGGAUGAGGAUGAAGGUGAAGAAGAAGAAGAAGGAGGAGAAGGAGAAGAAGGAGAAAGAGAAGGAGAAGGAGAAGGGGAGAGAGGAGCACUAGAAGUGGAAGAGGUAGAAAACGUUCAAACAGAAUCUCCAGGAGAAGAAGAACGCACAGAAAAAGUCUUGGAGCCCUGUCAACUGGCUUCCCCUGAGGCACUUUCAGUUUCCUCACUAGAGUCACCUCCAGCCCUGCCAACUGCCCCGGUGACACAGGGGGAGGUUGUGUCCACUGGCUCUCAGCAGAGCACAGAGUCUGAAACUCCAGUUCCUGCAGCAGCGGAAACUGCGGAUCCCUUGUUUUACCCUAGUUGGUAUAAAGGCCAAACCCGGAAAGCCACCACCAACCCACCUUGCACCCCAGGGAGCGAAGGUCCGGGGCAAAUAGGGCCUCCAGGUUCUGAGGAUUCGAAUGUGCAGAAGGCAGAAGUGGUGGGAGCCGCAACCAGUGAGAGGGCAGCAGUGAGUGGUAAGGAAACUAGUGCACCUGCAGCUACUUCUCAGAUUGGAUUUGAGGCUCCUCCUCUCCAGGGACAGGCUCCAGCUUCAGGGAGUGGGAGUGGAGCUGAUUCUGAGCCAGCUCGCCAUGUCUUCUCCUUUUCCUGGUUGAACUCCCUAAAUGAAUGAUGUUCAUUCCAACUGCUACCUCUCUGUCUGCCUGGCUGAGGUGCGCAUAGGCAGCAGGGAGCCUAGGUGAAAUUAAUAUGAUGCAGAUGAUGAAAGGGACCUCCGAACAGAAUUUCUGCCAAAAAUAAAAAUCCCAAAUAUUAAUUCCAGAUGACUUAUCUAACA